AUGGUCGAGGACGACAAAGUCGCAGCCAGGGCGACUAUUGAGAAAAUCCGAAUCAGCGGGUUUCGGAUAAGACUUGGUGCGCGGGGACCACCGAAUUACCAAAUAGAUCAAGACCAAUUGCAGCUUCUACUGGAUAGGGGAUUCACAGUGAAGAGAAUCGCCGAGGAUGGUCUUCUCGGAAGCAAAAUGCACAAGAGCACUCUAUUCAGAUUCAUGAGGCUAAAUAGAAUUCUGCAGCCUAGGAUAGCAUUAAAUGUAUCUGAUGAUGUAGUGAGAGAUGUAAUGUCCAGAUAUAUAAUGGAUCACCCAAAUUCUGGUUCAGAGGAGAUAAAGGCUUAUCUUCGAACACGAGAGCCACCCAUGGUUGUUAAUAGAGACAGAGUUCGUGCGAUACUAGCUGAACUGAACCCAGUUGGCGUUGCAACACGAUGGGCUCAAGUGGUGUCUAGGAGACGCUACUCCGUCCCAGAGCCAAACUCACUGUGGCAUAUAGACAGCCAUCACUCAUUAGUGCGCUAUGGUAUUUACAUCCACGGCGGCAUCGACGGGAACAGCCGGCUGAUACCAUACCUGAAAGCUGCACCAUACAAUACUGCUAGAGUUGCCUUUGAGGCUUUCACGUUUGAGAUCAGGAGCUACGGAAUCCCCAGCAGAAUUCGGGUUGACGGAGGAGUGGAAAAUGUCCUUAUUAAGAGAUUCAUGACCAUUGCGAACGGUGAUGGCCGAGGAAGUGCAAUUGAAGGAAAAUCCGAACAUAAUCAAAGGAUUGAACAAUUAUGGAGAGACGUUUUCCAAAAAGUGGUGUUUACUUUCUACCAGUGCCUUCAUGCUCUCGAGGAUUCAGGCGCCUUAAAUCUUGAUGAUCCGAAACACAUUUUCUGUGCUCAGGCUGUUGUUCUCGCACGGCUUAUUCACUCAUUGGAGUGUUGGCGCCGUGCUAGAAACAACCAGGCCAUUAGGACAGAGCACAACCAAACUCCUGAGCAGUUGUGGAUAUCUCGGCUUGUACCUGCCCUACAGCAGUCGGAUUCCACUGCUGUAAGGAAUCUCAGGACAGACAGAGAUAUCCCUGCAUUAGUUCAGGAGGUAUUGCCAGAUGCCUACUUUGACGGGUCGGUGUUCAUCACCCCCAGAGCAUCAGAUGCGGUACCUCAUGAGGCAUUACAAGGCAUCAGGCAAUUCGACUUGUUGAGAGAGACCAAUGAUUAUGCAAUUCAGCUGUAUGGCGAAGUGUUAGAAUACAUUACAUCGCUGUGACACAAGUACAGUUGUCAAUGUUUCUCGGAAUUAAUUCAAAGUUUAUUGGCUCAAACAUUUUACAAUGUCCAUCGCCAUUAACUAAUAUGGCGGUUGUAAAUAAACAAUAUAUGAGAAAAGCAUGGUAUAAACGUAUAUAUGAUAAAGACAUAUCUAACUAACAUCAGUUGAGCUUUGGUUAAAGAUGUUUCGGUCUGAAUUUGUGUAAAUUUUGUCUGUUUACGUUGGUGAAUAUUGUCUUAAAUGUUGUUAUAGUUAAUGAAAAUUGUUACUCCGUACGAUUUUGGUGGGCCGCGAUUUCUGCUGACGUCGCGUUGUUACCAUUUUUUUCAAUUUAAUUGCGAUCGUAAAUGAUGCAUUACGGUCGUAAAAAGAAUGUGGUUGCUUCGAAACUUUCCAAAUAGUAAACAUGUUUGUUUUUACAAGAUAGUCAAUAUUUCAAAAUAUUGUGUGGUUAAUACAUAUCAAUUUUGUUUUCUUUUUAAUUCGAAAAUAAUACAUAAAUACCCUAUGUUACAGGCUGCGAUUGCCGCAAAAUCAAACGUUAAAGCCAUCGUUAUCGUGAUUUGAUUCACUCUAUCUAGAUCCUGGACGCAUUAACGGCGUCUUUUUGAGUUCUGCGUGAUUAUCUCACACCUUGGAAAGUAUUUACUUGAGAAUUAAUUUCAGUUAGGAAUCGAAGCGUAAUUUCCAAGUGAAAAGCUAAAGCCAGGUUUUCCUCUGACUUUUCUAACAGGUUAAUUUUUUACAGGAAAAAAGGUCUCUGAUAGUCUGAUAUGCCAGAAAAUGUCAAAAUAACGUUGUGAAAUAAGUAAAAUCUAUACGAAAUAAAGAGCAGUUC